AUGUUGAUCCUUGGUUCUUCAAAAUCCGUUCCCGCCAUUAACUUAGACAGACAUACACACAAAUCCCCCCUCUCUCUCUCUCUCUCUCUUUCUCUCUCUCCCUCUCUCCGACAACUUAGCCUUUUUCUUUCUUUUUUUCUCUUUCUUUUUUUCUCUUUCUUUCUUUCUUCUCAUUUUUCUCUUUUCUCCUUUUUCUUACUUUCUUUCUUUCUCUUUCUUUUUUUUGUUCUUUCUUUCUUUUUCGUUCUUUUUACUUUCUUUCUUUUUCUCCUUUUCUCUCCCUUUUCAUUUAUCUUUCUUUCUUUUCUCUUUCAUCCUCUAUCUUUUUCUCUCACUAUUCUUUUUUCUUCCUUUCUUUUCCUCUCUUUCUUUCUUAUUCUCAUUCUGUGUGCGUGUGUCUGUAAAAAUGUCACGUUCUGUUUUAAUUUCUCUUUUGUCCAUAAAUAUCUUUCCUUGUUUUCCUUUCUUUAUCUCAUCAUCGCUGCUUCUUUUUCUUUGUUCAAUCUGAAAUCAUCUUUCUUUCUAUACUUCUCUUUUUCUCAAAUAUCUAUCUCCCUUUUCUUUCUCUCUCUCUUUCUCUCUCUCUCUCUCUCUCUCUCUCUCUCUCUCUUUCUCUCAAAUUCUAUUUUUCUUUCUCUCUCUCUCUGCAUCAUUAACCGGUUUCCUUCUCAUAACUUAACUUUUUAUGGUUUAUUUGUACUCCUUGCUUUUCUCUUUCUUUUUUAUCAUUAUUUUUCUCUCACUCUCACUAUAUACAUUUCUUUUACCCUUUUUCUUCUGUUUUUAUUUGUUUCUCUCUCUCUCUCUCUGCCUCUCUCUCUCUCUCUCUGCCUCUCUCUCUCUCUGCCUCUCUCUCUCUCUCUCUCUCUUUGCGUGAUUGUUACUCUUCUUUUUUUCGUCUCUCCCAUUUUUCUCAUCUCUCAAUUUUUUCUCGUUCUCACUCUCCCUCCCUUUCCUUAUGUUUGUUUCAAUUUUUUUUCUUUUUUAUUAUCUUUUGUCUCUCUCAUCCUCUCUCUCUCUCUCUUUCUUUUAACUGCCUUCUUCCUCUUUUUUGUCAUCUCCUCCUUUUUUUCAUACUCCUUUUCCUUCCUUCCUUCCUUCUCUCUCCUCUUUCUUCCUACCUUCAUGCCUUCUUUCCUUCUGUGUUUCUUUACUCUUAUUCUUUCCUCCUCUACUUUUGCAUUUCCUCCUCUUCACUUACGUUUCUCUCGCUUCCCUUCGUUUCUUUUAUCCUUCUUUUUCCCCCUCGUCUGUUUUUGUCAUCUUCUUUGUCUUACUCCCUUUCUUUACUGCCUUUCUUCCUUACUUCCUUCUUUCUUUCUUUCUUUUUAUAUUUCUUUUACUAUUCUUUUACUCUUCUUUGCUUUUUUUCAUCUCCCCCUCAACCUCCUCCCUUUCUUUAUCUCUCACUUUCUUUCACCCUCAUUCUUUCUCUCUAUUUCUAUUACUGUUCAUUUUUCUCUCCUUUCUUUUACUCAUCUCAUUCUUUUUUUUUCUUCCUUUUUCAUUUUAUUCGUUCUACGUUUUAGCGCUUCUUACUUUCCUUUACUUCGCCUUCUUUCUUUCACCCCCUCCUUCCUCUGUUCUUUUUCUCAUAUCUCUCUUUUUCCACGCCUGCUUUUCUUUCUGUCGUAUUAUUCACUUUCUAUGAAGAAAAACAACAAAACUUUGAUCGGCCUGAACUAA